AUGGUUGCAAACGGACAUUUUGCGGGCGUCGGCGAUGUACUGGAUGCGAAGAACUAUGAGCAUGGGGUGCAGGUGAUAGAUGAGGAAAAGGAGUUCAAUCCAAAUCUAUCCAACUAUCUCUCCUACGAAAAUGUCACUCCGGCAGGAUUUAACUACCACCUCAUCUCCGUCUUUGGAUCUCAGUCAACUGGCAAAUCCACGUUGCUGAACAGCCUCUUCGGGACCCAUUUCAGUGUGAUGUCGGAGACGGAACGACGGCAGACAACAAAGGGAAUCUGGCUGUCCAAAAACAAACGACUCAAAUCCGACAAAGGGCAGGAUAAUCAGACCAAGAUGGCAGAUAAUAUCCUUGUUAUGGAUGUUGAGGGAACAGACGGCAGAGAGAGGGGAGAAGAUCAAGAUUUUGAACGGAAAAGCGCUCUGUUUGCCCUGGCCACCAGUGAGGUCCUUAUUGUCAAUAUCUGGGAACACCAAGUUGGCCUAUAUCAAGGGGCCAAUAUGGGAUUGUUAAAGACGGUGUUUGAGGUCAACCUAGAGCUAUUCUUGAAAGAUAAGAGAUCAAACCCUCGAUCUCUCCUCUUCUUCGUUAUUCGCGAUUUUCUAGGAACUACUCCGCUUCAGAACCUACAAAACACUUUACUACAAGAUCUUAACCGGAUAUGGAACUCUCUCUCGAAGCCUGCUGGUUUGGAGAAUUCCUCUAUCACCGACUACUUUGAUUUCGCAUUCGCUGGGCUUCCUCAUAAGAAUUUCCAACCUGAAAAAUUCGUUGAUGAGGUACGGAAACUUAGCACUCGAUUCUGCGAUGGCCAUCGCGACCCCAACAAAACCGAUGCGAAAGGAACUGGUUCGAUAGAAGGAGGCAUAUUCCUUCCUGAAUACCAUCGAAGAAUCCCUGCGGAUGGUUUUGCUGUGUAUGCAGAAGGUAUUUGGGAUCAGAUUGUGAACAACAAGGAUCUGGAUCUGCCUACUCAACAAGAGCUCCUUGCUCAGUUCCGCUGUGACGAGAUUUCGCGUGAAGUCUUAGUUGCGUUUGAUGAGGCCAUAAGCCCAUUCGAAGCGAAGCAAGCUGAAGCCGUUCAGGCGGGUAACCCUCAGGUUCUUGGUGGGUUGGGUUCAGCUAUGUGUAAUGCGCGUAUGAAGAGCGUGAAAAAUUUUGACACGGAGGCCAGUCGGUACCACAAGCGUGUCUAUCAAAUGAAAAAGUCGGAGCUCCAAGACAAGAUUGACUCUCGGUUGAAAGCGCUUUUCCUCGGUCAGCUUAGUGCAGCGCAUAGGUCCGGCAUACAAGAAUUCACCGAGUCAGUCACUGCUGCAGUCAAAGCCGGCCAGAAGAGAGGUGCCAGCUACGAUUUUGCCGAAAUAGUGACGAAGGAGAGGAAACUAGCGAUUGAAAAAUUUGAAAAGGAAGCUCGAGCUGCGGUUGUUGAGGACACGCAGUGGAGCAAUUACCAACAAGAGUUAUCGUUAUACCAAAAAGACCUAGAAAACAUCGGUGGACAGCUCCGGAGAGAUGAAAUGCGACGGUUGGCAACAAGAGUUGGGCGAUGGGUGAGGUCACGACUAGGGGAAUCCAUUGAUCUAGAGUUUAACGCUAUUGGGUCAGGGAGGGGUGGCUCUGGUGCACCGGAAUUUGGUGACAAACCUUCCGAGAAAAGCCUUUGGGAUCGAGUGUGGACUCUCUUUGUAGACACCGUUCUUGAUGCUGAAAGGAGAUUCACGGAGCGAGCCAGCAGCUUCGACGCCAGCAUAGACGAAGUAGAUGUCGGCCUGUGGAGAUUAAGAAGGAAAUCUUGGGGAGUUCUACGUGCCAAAAUUGAUGAAGAGAUGAUGGAAGGCAAUAUACUCUUAAAACUGCGCGAGAACUUCGAGGAUAAGUUUCGAUACGAUGACGCUGGCGUUCCUAGAAUCUGGCGCCCUAAUGAUGACAUUGAAAGUAUUUAUACGCGAGCAAGAGAAUCAACACUCACUCUUAUUCCUCUCCUCUCCCGCUUCCGUCUUGCAGAGACAAAUGCACCUCCCCCACUAGACAAGUGGAUUGGGCACACGCCCAGCUCCGCGACACCAGCCGAUGAAGAGGAUCUCACACCAAUUGGUGGGGUUGAUGAAGAUGAGGGCAAAAGUCUAGAGGAAGAAAUGACUAUGAUCGGCGAAGCCAAAAAACAGGACUUAACAGUCCGUUUCAAGAAAACUGCGGAUGGCGUUUAUGUUGAAGCGAAGAGAAGUGCAAUUGGAGGCAUAACUCAGGUGCCACUAUACUUUUAUGGCUUGCUCCUUGCCCUUGGCUGGAAUGAAAUCGUAGCUGUGCUCCGCAACCCUGCAUACUUUCUUCUCCUCUUCGUGUGCGCCGUUACCGCAUACGUUACCUAUCAGUUAAACCUCUGGGGCCCUAUUAUCAAAAUGACAGAGGCUGCAUCUCAGCAGGCUUUGAUGGAGGGGAAAACACGUCUCCGCGAAUUUCUGGAGGCAUCGGACACUGGACUCCAGGCAAUGGCUAUGUCUAAGGGUAGAAAUGCGGAAGAAUAUGAUAUGUCGAACAUGAAGAAUCGGAAGUCUGCUGGAGGGUUCCAGAAUAAUAGAUCCCAUAUCGAUGAUGCAGACGACGACGAUGAUUUUUAA